UUACUCUUUUGAGUCCGCCGCUCCGGCAUCGCUGCCGCCGUCCCCCUCACCAAUAAAAGCUUAAUUUUUUUCUUGUUUUGAGUUUUAGCUUUCUCUGACUGCCGGCAGAAACCAACCUCUGAGUUUUGGCUUUGAAUUGUUUGAUUGAGCGAUGGGUGUAGAGGGUGUGGAAGGUUACAGGCCUCCCCCAGAAUUUGAAGAAGAUACAAAUGACCCACUUAUCGAUCUUGACUUGACGGACUCCAAGGAGUUUUGGCUCAUGCAGUUGCCUUUCGGUAAAGAUUUAUUAACAGACAUCGAAGGGCAGGAAUUGUCACUCAAGCUUCAUGGUGAUGGCCAACUGUCAAGCUUUGAGGGUUCAUCUGGGAAAGUAUAUGAUUUUAUCAGCUUUGAUACUCAAGAGGCUGAUGAAAUAGUUUUUGUUUCCUCUGCUGCGGAAGAGCCAAAAAUUGCUGGAAAGAUAUCCCGGCGGGUUUCUGUUGUCCAUUACCCUGAUCCUGAAGAACUUGGAAAGGUCAAUUUAAACAACCCUAGACGAAAUUCUUCUGGAACCAUGAUGACAGCGUCUUCCCAAUAUUUUCCUAUGCAAAGUUCACGGAGUGGACGUGCAGCCUCAACUCAAGGUAGCAGACCUAGAAGCUCUGUAUCUGAAGUUGGUGAGCCAUCAAAUACUCCAAAAAGAAGACGUACAGCUGAAUCUGAGGACCGUGCACCUGAGAUCUCUCGUGGUCAUAGCUCUGGUAUUUCCUCAGCAUCUUCUGAUCAGCCCCCCGCAGGAAAGUCAAAGAGAAGAUCUGAACAUACGGAAUAGGGAUUUCUUUACUCCUCACAGCUGGCUCUAUUUUAGUGUUAUAGAUUCCUGGUUUUGAUUCUUGAACAAUUAAAGUCACCUAUUGCCCUAUUCCAUCCUGGCUUUCACAGCCAUUUUUCUAAUAUUUCACGAAAACAUGUAGUAGCUCUUUACAUACUUCUGCAACUCGAUGAUGAUUAAUGGAAGUCAUUCAUUCGCUGUC